AUGAUUGCCCUACUGCGGGAUCUACGACCACAGGUUUCGGGUGACCGACAGAUUCGCAUCGAUGAUCUGCUCGCAGGCGUCCUUGCAGAUGUUGCUGAUGCCGCAGCCGCCGUCGGAGACCCAAUAGACAAGUACCGCGGACCGAUCGGAGACGAAGAGCGAGGCGAAGCCGAUGUGAGCGCCGGAGUCGGAAGCUCAGGAGGACAAGAUAUACUCGACGAAGACCUUAUGCGAGACGAGGAGACAAGGGCUGCUGGCUUCAUCGGAAAAGCAUCUGAGAUACAGUGGUUACGCAGCUUACACAGCGUAGAUUCUUCGAAUACGGACGAAUGCUUUUGGGGUACCCCUGGAGACGAAGAAGCAGUCGAUGGUCGGUUGGAAGUACAUCGGAGACGACACAGCAAUCAGGCCAUGUCCCCGUUGAUGCCGAGCAGCAAAGUGAACUUCUAUUUGAACGACGAAACAUUCGAGUCAGACCUGCUGGUUGACCCAUUGGAAAUGCCGCCAUUCGAGAUUGCAGAGAAAUUGCUCCAAGCCUUCAUGCAGAGUGUGCAAAACUCAUUUCCACUCCUGGCAAAGAAAACAUUUGUCGAUCGGUUCUAUCAUUACUAUGUCUCUUUGCAACGUGGCACUCCAUUUAAGGUGCCCCGAACGUGGCAAGCAACAUUGAAUCUGGUCUUCGCUAUCGGCGCGGUGUACAGUCAUCUGACCAAGGCUGAUUGGCAAGCUGAUGACCGCGACCAUCUGAUAUACCACUCUCGGGCCUGGUUGCUGAGUCUAAAAGAUCCUUGGGGAUUCUCUCACCCAGACCUUCCGCACGUGCAGAUCACAGGACUUUUGUCCUUCUACUACCUAUGCACUGGGCACAUCAAUCGAUCUUGGAUUCUUAUCGGCAGCGCGGUGCGAUCUGGUUUUGCUCUGGGCCUGCAUUUGCGAAACGAGGAUGGCACUACGAGUGCACCAAGCAAAGAAACUAACGCUAGAAUCUGGUGGGCACACUAUUCACUCGAACGCCUCGUAUCGACCCUGAACGGACGCCCAAGCUUGGGUAUGGGCCACCUGUGUUCAGUUCCACUUCCACUUCCCCUCGCGUCUGAGGAAAUCGUUGAAUCAAUAAUUGAGUCUAGAUUCGGCGACAAGGGAAAGCGACCUCUUGUAUCUCGGGGAACUACCGAGCAGAGCAACGAAUACACCGCAAGCAGCCCUGGACCUGCCAACUCUGGCUCUUACCUCAGAAGCAUAGUGAGUCUUGGUGAGAUCACUCAGGCUGCACUGGAGCUGUACAGUGCCAACACUGUAAGAGAAUCGUGGGACUCUAUCCAAAGAACGAUUGCACAUCAGAGUGAUGAACUUAACGCUUGGGCAGCAGCUCUUCCUCAAGGUCUCAAUUUCCUCAACAGAUCGAGCUUUGGUGGGCAUCGUUACAUUCGUGAGCAGAACAUACUCAACAUACUAUAUCACAGCACAAAGAUCCUAAUCACGCGUCCUUGCCUAUGUCGAAUCGACCGCCGGACGUCGAAUCAAAUGGCAAACUUGGAUACUUUCAACCGAAGAGCAGCACUGCACUGCGUCGAGGCAGCGCAAUCUGUCGCCAUGCUCCUGCCCGACGCUACCCCAGACAACCUUGUUAGGCUGUAUGAGACUGGGCCAUGGUGGCAAAUGACCCACAUUAUCAUGCAGGCGUUAGUUGUAUUGUGUCUCGAGAUCGCCGCGUACAACUCGGAUGACCCCCAGGGACUAAUUCCUUCGCUGAAGAUACUGUUGCGGUGGCUGCGGAUCAUGAGUGUGAACAAUGGCAUGGCUGUCCGCGCAUAUUCGAUAUCGACGGGGCUUUUGCAGAAGCUAACGGCCACACUGAGAAUAGACAUGAAAGACCUGCUCGACGAAGACGAGGUGAUGAACGAUUCCACAGAGUUGGCUCCAGCAACAUUCACUCCGGCGCAGGCACCCACUGCCUACCCAAACGUCCUCAACCCUGUCGAUGAAGGGCACGGCAGCCAGCGGUCAGCCACAGCACGGAACCGGCAACACCACAACGAGCAACAGCGGCAACAAAGUUUCACGCAAGGCGCAACACCGCGCUCUCAAUAUCACCCUAGACCGUCACAGCGAGACGAUCCCUCCCGCCGACCAUCCUUGACCGAUCGCACGUCAGCAAAAAUCAUAGACGCCUUCAAUUACCUCUUCCCGGUCUCGUCCGGCCCCGGGCAGACCGUUCUGCCCGGCUGGAUCGUGACGAGUUUCGAUGAGCGGAAUUUGUGGGCGGAGCUUGGAUUCGAGAACAUGAGCGUUGGCGUACAGUAG